AUGGCGACUGUCGUCCAGCAGACCCAGCUCCAUACUCGGACGCGCCUCAAUGUUGCCGGUCCGGCUUCUCUGUCGCUGUUCCUCACCAACCUCAAGCUUCUGGAUCUCGACCAGCUCCCUGACUGGCCCGAAAUCUCGGCUGAGACAUUCGCGGCAUCCGGCACCACCCUGCAGGAUCAGAAGAGGCGAGUACAGUGCGUAGAAUGGGCCUUGUAUCAGCUGUUUGUCAUAUGGGAUCCAGACGAGGCGGCGAAUAAGCUGAAGCCUUAUUACCCACCUGUCGAUCAACUCCAGUCUGUGAACCUGCGCGCCGCGCUCGUCAGGGCCCUCGAGCAAGCCAAGAAAAAUGGCGACCUCGGGCGGGACACCAUCAUCCGCAAGACGAUGCUGGAUGAGUGCAAGGGCGAGAGGCUGGAAGAAGUCCUUGCCUUCUUUUCUACCGCUGUCCUAAAAAAGGUGGUUUCUGGUAGCCUUGCCGCAAGCCGCGGCUACAUUACACCCGCCAUUGAGCUUGCCUUUGAGAACAAGGGCUACCUGAGUGAGAAAUCUCAUCUGAUUGCGUUGUCCAUGGCCCACAAGGCCUCCAUCCGACAGCUCCUGCAACGCAAAGAGCUAGCUAGAGUUCGCUUCAAGGACUUUGCCGUGGUGAUGGAUGAGAAGGAAGAUGAUAUCAUUAGUAGACGAGAAGUCCUUGAGAUGAAGGAGAUGGACGGCGGUGGCCAAGCCGUCUCUGACAAUGCCAGGGCUGAGAUGCGGCGGACUGUGCACCACAAUUGGUCAGGCAGCGAGGCCUGGAUGGAGACUCUCUUGUCCGGAGAUCCAAAGCACGGUGGCCUCCUGGCUACAAAGUUCGACCGGGUCUGGAGAAGAGCCCAGAAGGGUCGGCUUGACGAACUCGACACGAAUGACGUUGGCCUCUUGGAGCAGCUGGACAACCGGGUCAAGAUGCAAAGAGACAGGCUCCGCAAGUGGGAUGCCUUCCGGAGGAACACGUUUGGCGAGGCCAGGCCCAUGCCGGCCAAGCCCAGAGCCACUGCCGCCAAAGCCAAGGGCAUCGAUCUCGGCUUCACUGCCCACCUGGAUCUACACACCGGGAGGAGGAACAAGUCCACCAGAGUUGCGCUGUUUCAGCAUGCGCCUCAAAUGUCGGAUGACUAUGCUGCAUUGGUUUCGGAUCUGAAAUACGAUCUGGGAAAAAUCGCAACCAAGGAGGUCGACAUUGCCUCUCUUGUCAGGAAGAGAACCCCUAAGAACUUUCCUGGGCGAAGCACAUACGACUUGACUCAGAUUGACGAUUCUCCGCUUGCUACUCCUCCAUCUAUCCUUCCUCAGCGAAAGCCCUCAGGAUAUGACACCCCAACGCGCCGUCGGUCACCCGAAGAACCAAAGCCUGUCGCAAAACAUAAAACGAAUAGCCCACCCCGGCUUUCGCCCACAAAGGAGUUUGCGAACGGCUCUACGUCUCCCGGGAAAGACAACUUGACUCCGUCACCCGUGAAGCGCACCAAGCCUCGACACACUCUCUCCUUGGCUGAGCGCACUCGACUCUCAAUGAGCCGUAAGAAAUCUCUCUGUUUUGAGGACGAGGAGCUUGACCCGCCCACUCCCAUAACACCUGUCACCACCAAGCCUGCGGAGCCAGAUUACUCCGAGGAUCUCGCCAGCCGAACUCGUCGAAGCAUGGCCGGGUUUGAAAAGGCGCAGCAAAAGGCGCAGAUGGAGCGGCGUAGGUCUCUGAGGAGGGGCAAGAUGCCCCCGCGAAAGGAUGGCAGCUACUUUCCAAGGGUGGACGAGGAGGAAAUCAACGAAACAACGCUCCUGUUGGAGCAGCUAGCCGAGGAGGAGGACGUCGAGGCUGUCUUUCGAUCGCGACCCAAGGUUGGACAGAGCUUACAGCCAAGUCCAACGAGAGAGGAAUGGGCCGAUAUUCCAGAGUACAACGGGGACCUUCAUGCUGCUGCUCUGCGGAAACAAUCGCGCCUGCCGUCACGUCUCAAUGCAAGCCGAGAACCCUGCAAUUUGAGGCUGCUGCAUCUGGAGAUUUGCCUUGUCAGCAUGGCCUACAACCAUUACGGAGGUACUCAAGGCCGAGGACAGUCUCGAGGACGAUACAGAUCCGCUAACGGAGCUUCAGCACCGCACAAUCCUUAUGGCGCGCCUCCUGGCUAUGGCUAUCCCGGCCAGGCGCCAGGCAUGGCCGCUCCUCCUGGGCUAGGACCUCCUCCAGGCAUGUCUCCCGCUCCGGGAAUGGCCCCCCCGCCGGGCAUCCAGCAAGCCAACGUGCCUCAAGCUAAUCGUCCAAGUGGUCUGCCUGCUUUCCAAGCCCCGACCAACAUGCCGAACAUCAACUUCAAUGCCCCCGUGAUUCGACUGGGCACAGGAGCCUCAGCCGGUGGCGGCAGAUCCGACGACCGACCAGCACAAUCGGGAGGAAGAGCUGGGCUUGGUAUGGAGAGGGGGUCAGAGCAAGGACGAAAUGCGGCCAGGGAGACGAUGCAGACACUUCUUCCACCGACGAGCGAGGAGAAGCUGCGUACCAUCUUUCUACACCAGAUUCCCGAGGGACUGGGUGGUGACGAGGGCACAAAGAAGCUUCUUGGGGCUGUCGGCAAGCUGAAGCGCUGGGAUCCGUCCGACAGCGUGUCAGAGGAUCGAAAGGGAACCAAGUUUGGCUUCGCUCUGUUCGAAGACAUUGAUUCCAGAAUAGAGCAAGCUCGCGCAGCCCUCAAGUCAGUUCUCCGAGAGCUAUUCUACCCCCCUGUUGUCGAGACUGCCGACGUUAAUGGCGAUGUUGCUAUGGGGAAUACGGAUGCCGAGGAGAACGUCGAGGUGGUCAACAUUCCCCUGGCGCAAGAAGACGAGCUGGCGGAUAUCCCACCUGAGAUGCGGGAAGUUGUUGCAGGAGAGAUUGCCGCGUUCCGUGAGCGUAGCAACCAACGAGAUAUGGAGCGUCUCCAGCGAGAAGAGGAACUGGAAGAGAACGAACGACGCCGCAAUGGUGCAGCCCGGUCAAGGCUAGCCUCGCCGCCGAGAAACUCGAACAAUGUGCCGCUGGGACCUCGUGGAGUCUCAGUACCAAACGCCCCAUCCGGACCCAAGGGCCAAAAUGGACCGAACCGGGUAGCCUUUGUCAACGGAGGAGUGAACAACGCAGAUGGAUCUAUGAGACGCGAAGAUGAGGACACCGACGCAAGUGAUGACGAGCUCUGGAGGAGACGUGAGGCCGAGCGCAAAGCUGAAGAAGACAAGAUGUAUGCGGAAGCAGAGAGGAAAUGGGUGAACCGAGAACGAUCACGGCAAGCAGCGUUGGAGCGAGAACGGGAGCGAGAGAAGCACGACAUAGAAUCUCUCGAACGAAGGAAACAAGAGCAGCUGGAGAGAGAAAAGACGUGGGACGAUGAGCGAGAGGCUACCCGCAAAACGCACAACUACUACCGAGAUCACGGCGGCUGGGCGAGAAAACGACAAUCUGAUCGGGCUGAGGAGGAGGCAAGAGAUGAAGCCGACCGACAGGCUGAAAAGGUGGAGCGGAAUCGCGAGCAGGCCAGGCUGGAACAGGCGCGUGGCAUGGCGGAUUCUUUCUUGGAUCAGCAGGCUCGGGAGAUGGAGCAACGCGAAGCUGCCGCCGCCGCCGCUGCACCACAGCCAUUCAAGCUGUCACUUGGUGCUGCGGCACAGCGAGCUCAAGCCUCACGAGCAGCACCCCAACGACGCACGAUUGCCGAAGUGGAGGGUCUCCUGGACGACGAGGAAGUCGAGUCCACGAAGCGCCAGCUCAUCCCCAUCCAGCUGGACGCUUCCUCGGGCGCGGCGGGCAUGACGGAGGAGGAAAUCUCGCAGGCGGUGCGGGCGCUGGCGCAGGAGAUUCCGUCAGAGAAGGACGGGCUCUGGGCGUGGGAGGUCAAAUGGGACUUUAUGGACGACACGGUGGUGCGGGACAAGCUGCGGCCGUUUGUGGAGAAGAAGAUUGUCGAGUAUCUCGGCGUGCAGGAGGAGAUGCUGGUCGAGGCCGUGGAGGAGCAUCUGCGGAAGCAUGGCACGGCGGGUGCCUUGGUGGAGGAGCUCGAGGGGGCCCUGGACGACGAAGCAGAAGACCUGGUCAAGAAGCUCUGGCGUAUGCUCAUCUUCUUCACCGAGUGCGAGAAGCGAGGCUUGCCGGCGUAA